CGAUGAGGAGGGGGCGGCGUCCAUGCGACUGAGAGGGGGCUUGACGUAUGCGGUGUUGUUGACGUCGACCGCGGCUCCUCCAUUAUUGCGCAUUCAACUACUGCCACCACCAUCCUACAACCUCAUCUCCAGCCGCGCAUCACGCCCUUCAUUCUCACUCACUCUCUCUCUUCCUGGAACCUCGCCAGGCCUUCAUUUCAAUCGUCGGGACCUCCUUUCCGGCCUUCGAGACUUUUCGUUCACCCGGCCGGCCAAAAAGAGACGCGCCCAAUUUACGGGACUGGCCAUGACGCCGCUUCCCUUUCCCUCUGGCGGUGAGGGCCAGGAGGACAAUAUGCGCAUCGACAUACCGCGCGAGGGCGAUGCGCCCGCCGUCGCCAGCCACAAAAAGGGCAUCCAGCCCCUCGCAACAGCCUCGUCAAACAAGGACGAGGUUGCGAUUCCGCCGAGGGGCAGCAGUGCGCCAAACACGUGGCAUCACCACCCAAGGCAGCCGCUGGCUAGCAGCGACUCGUACUUUCCCAGCACACCGGGCUCCUCGGCACAGGUGCAGUCACAGCAAGCGCCACGGACCCCUGGCGGUGGUCUCCGGGGUCACUCGAGGCAAGCGAGCGUCGCUUCGUUGCAGCAGCAGCAACAACAGCAGCAGCAGCAACAGCAGCAUCAUGCUACGCUCUCGCGCAAGCAGGGUACCAACAUGAGUCUCAGUCUGAGCGCAGGCGGGCUCCCCUCCUCGUCGGACCUGGCCUUGAAUCAGCAGCAGGCUGAUGGCGAGAUGGGCGAUUUCCCCAGCUUUGGAGGCGGACCUCCCAGUCCCAGCACGCUGACCGACAUCAUCCUGGGCUUGCACUCCACCCUCUACGGAGGAAAGCGCUUGCCCGAGGAGGUUCGAGAGAUGGUCCAACGCUAUUACGACUACGAUGCAGUGUUUGAGUCGCCGCUCCUGUCUGCGCACGGACGAGAAGAGAUCGCUAACCAGUUCAUCAUGGCCUUCGCCCUGCCUGGCAUGGAUGUGUGCUCAGAGUUGCGAGACGUCAUCUGCAGCGACUUUGAGUUCGAUGGCACAAGAGCCGGCAUCAUUGACCAGACAAUCAGCGUCACAUUCCUGCCCUCCAUCUUUGGUCCAUCGUCCUACCGGUCAAACUCAGGCCCCGGCUCGGGUGCUGCUGCCGGUUAUGGCGGUGGCGCAGCGGGCGCGGGUCUCGGCGAGAAGGGGACAGGGUACGACUACGCGAGGGGCUCGGCCACGCCGGCCUACACGCUUCACUCUGGCGUCACGCCGCACCCGUUUGCCAACUACGGCGCCAGUGCCGUGCCAAACUCACACAUUGGCCAAGGUUCCGCAUUCUCGCGCUUCGGUACCCAUCCCCAUUCACCCACGACGCCCUACAGCCUGUCGAGCAUGUGGGGCAAUAGCCGGCCACACACGCCCGGCUGGGGCUCAUCGGCGAUGCGGCCCUUGUCCUCGACGGCACAGGUGCGGCGUGCGAGUACACCGCCCAGCGUCAAUGGCGACGACGAAGCUGGCGUCGACAGCGGCGCAUCAACAGUUCUGGCCACCAACGACGGUGCACUCCAAUCCAACUUUGUCCAUGCUGAUCAGAGCGACGGCGGACAGCUGGCCAGGCCGGCAAUGCCCUCGGACGCCCUCGUGCCUCACUGGACCCACUCGGGAGGACUGGGACGCGAGAGUGUACGAGCCAUCAUCUGGGGUCUCUUCCAUCCUCGCGCCGUCCUCAAGAAUCUCUGCACGAUCCAUCUCCGCCUCAUGAGCCGUCUCGAGUUCAAUGACGCCGGCAUGAUCGUCCGCCACGAGGACACCUGGGGCCUGCGCGAGACCAUCGAGGGUACCAUUCCCUUUGCUUCGGUCAUCUAUGCGCUCGAGAGGAGAGUUGUUGGAUUUCUGUGCUCGUACGCCAUUGGAAAGGGCUUCCGUCUCUCGUCUGCCCUGUCGAGGACCGUUGCCCCCGCCAGUGGCCGGUACGACUCAUCUGAUGAAGAGUACCACUCCAACGCAAACGAUGCUGCCCGAGCGCUCCUCCUUGGCGGUGGCGACCCAGGCAGCAGCCAGUUCAGCCGUCACAACAGCAUCUCGGAAAAGGCCGGACAUAGCCGUCAAUUCACCUCGUCUUCAGCCUCCUUCUUCCAGCAGCCUCACCUUCACCGUUCUAGGGCCACGUCGCCCACGCGACACCACCACCACAACAGCCACCAUGGUCCUCGACACCAUCAGCACCGAUUCGGUCCUCAGACGCCGUAUUCGGCAGGUGGUCCCUACGCGACGACAGGGACGCGCUCGAGGGCCAGAUCGCUGGUGGGCGCCAACUUGAGAUCCUCGUCCUCGUCCGACAACCUCUACCUCUCCUCGUCGAAUCUGGCCCACCACAAUGGCAUCACGACGCCCGGCGGCACACCAAUGAUGGCCGCCGCAACAGUGUCCGGCGCUGGUGCCUAUGGCGAAAGAGAGCGCGGCGCAUCGCAUACGGGCGCCAUGGCCGAUGUCUCGGGUGCUUCUUUCCCGCCCGACAGCGGCGCGCGAUACAAGAAGAAGGGCGAGGGUGGGAGGACAAAUUCGGCGCCUGCGAGCCACUACGGUGACGUACAGCUCCCCGACGACGCCGGCAAUCCCCUUCCUGCCGACCUAGUGCCCAGCUCCGCAUCCUCGACAUCUUCAACGGCGGCUGCCGUUGAAAAGACAAAGGCGCCCGAUCAGGACUUCUGAGUUCGCACGUCCGCCCUUAUCUCCUAUCUCUGCUGUUACUCGGUCAGCUUGUAUUUCUCAUGGCAAACCUACUUUCACGCAAUGGAACAGCAACCGCUGAGCUCACAUAGACAACAAGUUGGAUGACAGUAAUUGAGGGUGAUCGCUAUUACUAUGAU